AGCGUGCGCGGCCGCGGGUGCGGGGCGAUGGCGGAGCCGCUGUGGCGAACCCCGCCGGGCCGCCUGGCCCCGCCGCACGUCUACCGCAUGGCGGGGGCCCUGGGCGCCGAGCUGCGCCGCCUGUCCGCCCGCUUCGGGCCCGACGCUGUAGCCGGGCUGGUGCCGCCCGUGGUGCGGCUGCUGGAGCUGCUGGAGGCGCUGGUGGCCCCGCCGGGCGCUGAGGGGGAGGCGCCGGCAGCGCCGGCCGGGCCACAGGAGGCGGAGGACCCGGAGCAGAGGCUGUGGGAGGCCGAGCGCCGGGAGCGAGCCCUGCACGGCCGCCUGGCCUGCYUGGAGGAGCAGAACCGCCAGCUCCUGGGGCAGCUUGCCGAGAGCCAGUCCCAGGAAGACAGCACGGCACGGAAGGAGCGGGAGGUGAUGCUGCGGCUCAAGGAGGUGGUGGACAGGCAGAGGGAUGAGCUCCGUGCCCAGGCCCACGAGAUCGUCUGCAAGAGCCGCGACACGGAGGCGCUGCAGGAACAGCUCCAUCGCUUCAUGGCCAUGAACGAGGAGCUGCGGCACAAGGUGGCYGUGGUGCAGGCCCAGCUCAAGAGCGCCCUGGAGCAGAAAUCAGACCUGGAGGCUGCGGUGCUGCAAAGCCGGAGGGAGAUGAGCAGGAGGAGCAGGACAGCCCUGGAGAAACAGCGGCCGGAGCCUGGCGUGGAAGGAGCCCUGUCACCCUCAGAGGAGCCUCAGCACCAGGAUGGGGACAGGAGCCCUGCUCACUGCUGCUUCUCCAAGGAAGAGCUGCAGCAGAUCCUGCAAGAGAGGAAUGAGCUCAARACCAACCUAUUUUUGGUGCAGGAGGAACUGGCGUAUUACCAGAGGGAGCUGCUGAACGAGGAGAGAAUUCCCAGCUUCUUCUUGGACGCAAUGAAAUCAAAUAUCAAAAAACAGAGAAAAAAAAUCAGGGCCAAAAUGCUGGGAACAGCAGAGGAGUCGGGGAGCAGUGAGGAAGAGGAGGGCUCCUGGCUCCCAGCUCAUGGCACAGAAUGUGUGGAUGCUCAGCCUCCAGAAUCCAAAAUUAGGAGCUUUUUUGGGCUGUGGUAUCAGGGCAGCAGCAAAGAUCCCCCCACAUCCAGCUGCUCCGGAACCUGGGAAAUCAUCGACUCGCUGGACACGCAGCCGGAGCUGGAGGGGGAGAGCAGGGCAGGGGGCAGCUCCCCUGACAGAGCCACACCACCCCUCUGACCCCACAGCAACGGGAGCAGGGUCUGGAGGAACUCCUGCAGCAGAACUUCCUGGAUCCUCUUCUUCCAGCGCCUUCCAGAGCAGCACGGCAGCGCUGGCACUUCCCUGUGCCAUGGAGGGGGCAGAGCCACUCCUGGGCAGGCUCCUGCAAACCACUGGGACACUUGGAUGGGGGUGCCAGGCUGGCAUGGGACAGCUCAGGGCCUCUGUGACCAUCAGCCACCCCUUUAUGGUGCCCA